AUGGCCUCGCCCCAUCCCGCCGAGGCGCCUGUCGCCAUCAAUCCGCACCAGAACGCCCGAUACACGCUGAAGCUGAGCGAGCGCAUCACAAACCCGUCCCAGGACCAGUCCCGCUUCAGGACCGUCAAAUUCAACCACAAGCCGACGCAAGCCGCCGGCACUGCACGCACGACGACCCUCAAGCCCGCCUCGACGGGCGACGACCAGUUCACGCUGUGCAUUCGCGACAAAGAUAAAGAGGCCUCUGCGAAGGCGAGCACCUAUGAAUACGCCGGCCAGCGCAAGGAACUCAAGAAGACGUACGUGGUGGUCUUCGACAAGGAUACCCAGACGGCGACGCUCGAGCCGCUCGACGAGACGUACGCCUUCAACCUGACGAGCGCACCGUGGGAGCAGGAUCCAGCAAAGUUGGCCGACCAAUACCAACAGGUAAGGCCGCGCAAUGAGAAGCCGGACCGCGGCGCCGCGGCGAACGACGAUGCCGACGACCUCUUCUCCGACGGCUCCGCUACGCCUAGGAGCAUGGCCGAGAGCAUGUUCGGAGGCGGGAGCUUGAGCGAGGACGACGAGCCCGACGAGAGCAACCCCUUCGACUUCAGGCAUUUCCUGAAAGACGCCGAGCAGACCGAGGGCUUCGCGUCGCCAUACAGCCAGUCGGGAACCCCGCUUCGCACCACCACGAAUGCUCCGACGGCAUCUACCACCGCUACUACAGCCGCACCGGCUCGCUCCACGCCACUCCCACAGACGGAGCGCUCUAAGACGAAACCGGCGCCAAAGGCAGCACCAAAGAAUGCAAAUGCUAAGCAGACCAAUGCCGCAUUGUCGCGCAAGCGCAAGAGCCCGGAGCCCGAACAGCCCGCCGCCAAGCCCAAAGCCACCUCCCCGGCCGCUACAACGAAGACGAAACAGCAGCCCACUCCGUCUAUCCGUCUGGAUCGCCGCGCAUCGACGCGCCCGACCGACUCGACGGCGGCGGCAACAACAGCAGCAAGUCUCUCGGCCUCAGCAACCAUCCCGUCACAACAAUCGUCCGCCUCGUCCACCAAAUCGUCGAGCCGCACGUCUCGCGAACCAACGCCCGACGAAGAUGAUGACGACGACGACGACGAUGACCAAUUUGGCGGCCUUGAGAUUGACUGGGGCGGGUCGGGCGGCAAGUCGGGGUCGCGCCACGGCGGCCGGCACCCGGCCCGUCGCAGUAUCGCACUCGCUUUCGAGCAAGGCGUCACAGGAGACGGGCCCGUAUCGCUGCGCAGCGCCGCCGACAGCGCAUCGCCUAACAGCCGUUUGCACACGCCUAAUAUGCGCGCCACCACCGCCAUCACCAGCAAAAAUGCGCCUGAUAUCAUCGACUUCGGCGGCAGCGGCGACGAGGACGAGAAUGAGGAUGAUGACGAGGCGGGUGGUCGUCAUCACCAGCGUGAGGCGGACCAAGAGCAGGAAGAGGAACAGGAAGACGACGACGAUGACGACGGCUACGCUGAGGACGACGAGGACGCAGAUGGCGACGUCGAUCCUCUGACCUUGGGGAGUCCUGCGGCGGACACGUUGCAGCAACAGCAACGGGAUCACCAUGAAGUGGACCUCGACGACGAACAGCAACAUCAAAUGGUCGAUGGUGAUGACGAUGACGGUGCCGGCGACUUCGAAGAUGACUUCGAGGCUGAGAUGGCACAGGCGCUGGCAAGCGCGGCAGAGGAAGGGGAGGAGGACGGUGGACGCGUGGUGCAUGAGGAAAGCGAGGAGGAGAGUGAGGAAGAGUAA